UAAACUCUCUUCAUAAUGCUCUGCUUUUUAUUGGGGAUCAUUAAGAUGAUUAUUCUGUUUCCCUACAAAUGCCAUAUACAGUACUAACUUAACAAACAUAUGAAUUCUCCGUUUCAAGUAUAUUCACUCAAUUUUUCCAACUCUGCCAGUGAUAUUUUCUUGACUAAUAUGGCUCCUGAUGCUAUAGCCAAAAACAUUGUUUUUGUUAUGUUCAUAAAACAGAUAUCAUCCAACUUUGAUUCAUUCAGUAGCAAAUCUUCUCUGAUAAGGGAUUCUAUAAAUAUGAUUUUUCAUCAUUUCUCGCAUGUUACCUAUAUAAUUAAACAAAUGUGGUAGAAAGAUAAGUAGAAUUUGAGUUCAGAAGAAAUGGCUUCAAAUGCAUUUGUUUCAGAAAUCAUUGGUUUGCUAAGUUUCCUGGCAUUGCUGUGCAUAUCUGAUUCGAGCAAAGUUACACCAGACAAAUUUUUUGAUGUCCGAAGAUAUAGUGCAGUCUCUGAUGGAAAAACAGACAACUCUCAGGCAUUUCUUAAAGCAUGGAGGGAAGCAUGCAACUGUGAUGGAAAAUGUUGGGUUUCAGUUCCAAAAGGGACUUACAAGCUUGGAAAUGUAGGUUUUGUUGGGCCAUGCAAAGGGGUCACAGGAUUUUUGAUUCGGGGGGCUAUUGUAGCUCCUACUGAUCCAGCUCAGUUCACAGAGCGCUGGAUCCUCUUUCAAUAUGUUGAAAACUUGUUGAUCAAAGGUGGUGGCACACUGGAUGGUCAAGGUGCUUCAGCUUGGCCACAUAAUGACUGUAGAAUCAAUCCUCAUUGCAAGCCUCUUCCUGCUACACUGAGCUUUGAUUUUGUCACUCAUUCAAGAAUCCACCACCUCAAGUCACUAAACAGCAAAAGUGUUCAUUUCAACCUUUUCGCAUGUAACAACAUCACAAUCAACAAAGUUGAACUGACAGCUCCUGCCGAUAGCCCAAACACGGAUGGCAUCCGUAUCGGACAAUCAAACCACAUCAAAAUCUCACAGUCUGUAAUUGGCACUGGAGAUGAUUGCAUAGCCAUGAUCAAUGGCGUUAGAAAUGUCGUUAUCUCUAAUGUUUCAUGUGGCCCGGGACAUGGCAUAAGUAUAGGAAGCCUGGGAAGAGCUUCAAAUGAACAAGUUCAUGAUAUAAAAGUACUCAACUGCAACAUCAGCAACACUCAAAAUGGCCUGAGAGUCAAAACAUGGGCACCCUCAUUUUCUGGCAUGGUUUCAAAUUUGACAUACCAAAACAUUUUAAUGAAUGAAGUGAGCAACCCCAUCAUAUUUGAUCAAAACUAUUGUCCAAACCGUAGCUGCAGUAAGAAGGCGCAAUCACGUGUAAAAAUUAGCAAUGCCACAUUUAAGAAUAUAAGAGGGACAUCAAGGUCGAAAAUCGCCGUGAAUUUCCAAUGUAGCGGAGUUGAGCCAUGUGACAGAGUAACGCUAGAUAACAUCAACUUGGCAUACCAUGGCCCCGGAGGACCAGCAGAGUCUUUAUGCAGGAAUGUUAAAGGAACUUCAACCGGGACACAGCGGCCUCCAGCUUGUUUAUAAACCAGGCAAUGCUGUUUAGUUACUCAAGUCUCAGAUUACAACAUCAGCUCAACAAUUGGGAGAUACCAAAGGGAGUUUAAGACAUUUUGGUUACGUUUUAUAAUUUUGUGACAUUCAGUUAGAAAGUAAGGUUUUGUUUUUUUGAAGUUGAGAGAAUUAAUUCGAUUCUCUGUGAAAGUAAACAGUCUAAUGUUUGGAUCCCGUCCAAUCGUUUAAGGACCUUAUAGAAGAUUUAAA